UUUAUGUGUCAAAACAGUAAAAAAAGCAAAAGGGAAUAUAAUUGCGAAAUUAAAGUGAAAGAAAAAGCUUUUUUUACCGUUUUUGGAGCGCGAAAAGAAAUAACAUUUUCUAAGCAGCUAAUCUGUUAUUCCAUAUAUUGUUGUGUUUAAAGUUGUACAUUGGAAACAAGUUCAUUUGAAAAACCAAUAUUAAAUAAAAAUUUUUUAAUUUGUGUGUACUGUAUAACAUUUUGUGAUUGGCAGCUCGUGUGAGUUUCUAGAAUUUAUUAAGCGUACAACGGGCACACCGAUUGCCAAUUGAAUUGCCCCAAAAGCAACUCUGCUUAGUACAUUGCUGCUGUCAGAUUUCUGUGUCGUUCUCACAUUAUAUCUGAGAUAGCAGUAAUUGGGUACGAAUCUGAUGGCGAUCGCGAAGUAAAGACGUUUCUACGGAAUUAUAUUAAUAAUUAUUAGUGAUUUCGGGAUUUUUAAUAAAGAACAUACAUUUUUGCGUAAUUAGUGAAUAAGUUCGGUAUAAAAUAAGUACGAAAAUUAAAGGUAAUAUAAGCGCGCUGACCAAUGGCUAACGACCCGGACAAGAUUUUCAAGCAAGAUGGCUACUUGACUGUGAAUUUGGGCAGUGGUAUUUCAUCACUGAAUGAGUGUCAAGUGGAGGCCAGUAACAUUGUCUAUCAUCCGAACUUGAACGUUAUUCUUGUUUUCGAUAACGCGAACGAGCUAAAAAUUCUUGAUGUGCAUUCUGGAACAAUUUUGCAAACAUAUUCGCUUGUUGGUUCAGAUGGAGACAAAAAUAUCUAUGGUCGAUAUAUGUCUCUGCAAGAUAAGAUUUUAAUUUGGGAUGGACAACACCUAGGAUUUCGUGGCGAUUAUAAUGGCGUAUUACUCUUCGACACAAUAUUGCAAUCGCCUAUUCUACAGAAUGAUGAAAUUAUCAAAUUGGAAUUAUUGCUAUCAGAGGCAAUGACAUUCCAGAAGUGUCUCAAGGAACUUGAGCAGGAGGACUUUGAAUGUUCUGCUGAUGUCACAAAUGAGUUAAAAGAUAAAAUAGAGAGAGCACAAGCAAAUUCAAAAAAGGGCAUCAAAGCACAACGUUGGAAUACUGUAUGUUUAGAGCUACCAUAUUCCAGUAUAAAGUUGGUUGCCAAUAAUUUAGUUUUGUUAUUAAAACGAUUGGAGCGACAUAUACCCGCAUUACCGGUAGCUUCAGCGAUUAAUGAAAGACUCACCGAUCUUCUUACCGGUUGUCGUUUACCUGAGUUAAGUUGGCAAUGCACAAAUUUGCAACGUACUCUGAUGCAUUCAGAGGCUGUACGACGACAGACAUUUGAGAAAUGGCCACAUAUGGAUUACAAAUGGGCACUACCUGACCAAAUGGCACAGGCUGGGUUCUAUCAUCAGCCUUCGCCUACUGGUGAAGAUCGUGCGAUGUGUUUUACCUGCAAUGUUUGCUUAGUCUGUUGGGAAAAGUCUGAUGAACCAUGGGGUGAACAUGAACGCCAUUCGCCUACUUGCCCAUUUGUUAAAGGAGAGUAUACUCAGAAUGUGCCAUUAAGCGUUACUUAUGCUACAUAUCCAGCUGCUACUGUCGGUGGUAUUGGUUUCGAUGUGAUUUCAAAUAGCGAAUAUGCAAAUGUACUUUGUACUAGCUGUAAACAAUCCGGUGAGAUAUCUGUCUGGAGUAUAGAACGACAUUUGAAACUCAUGCACACAUUCAAUAUUGCCGUAAUAAUGAAAGAUGUAUGUGAUGAAAGUUAUGAGUGGGCAAAUGUUACAGCGAUAUGUGUACUACCAAAUGCAUGCGCGCAACGUAAAAUUAAUGCUAUGCAUGCCACACAAAUUAGUAACAAUGGAGUUGCGAGCACACCUGGUGCACAACAAUGUAUAUCUUCAUCAUCUUUGAGAGUGGGCGUUGUUGGAUCUAAAAUUGUACUAGGCAUAAGUAUUCAAAAAAGUACGGGCGAGCAUGCCUUACGUAUGGUUGUUCUCAAUAUUGUAGAAUGUGAUCGAAUAAAUGAGAAUACUGAAGGAAGUAGUACAAGUAGUGUGGCCGUUAGUCAACCGAAAACAUCAAACACAAGCAGUGACGGAGAUGACACUGUUAACGAACAACUACCACUCAAAUAUGAACAACAAGACGAUGACAGCAAAACAGUUAGCGCUAAUUUUGAAAAGUAUGCGGAUGGUUUCGAUAGCAAUGGGUUUGUUUCUGCCCUUAGUAUUAUGAAUACCGAUGGAACUGAAGAUAAGUCGAAUGCAAUGGCCUUAACUGAUUUGAUUAAUACUGAGUUAUCACAUAUGCAAACGGAUUUGAUAAUUGUAAAUCCAUUUGAUGCUAAAAUGAAUACAGGACCUUCAAUAGAUAUGGAUAUGGACGCAAAUUAUUUUAAAGAAAAUUUAUUAGCUGCCGCUCAAAUGAAGAAAAAUCAGAAUAUCACAAUGAAUGGCUACAUGAAUAACAACAAUAAUGUUAGUACCAUUUCAAAAGCUCCACCGUGUGAGGACAUUGAAUGCGUAUUUGAGAGUUGCACAAGCGUUAAACGUAUGAACACUUUUAGUGAUGAUUUCGAAAAUGAAAUCGUUGAAAUAAGUGAAAUCUUACCAAUAAAUAGUGAUUGCAAUCAACUACUGGUUAAAUUGCAAAAAACUAAACUUCCUUCCAAAGUAGAACAAAAACUUAUAAUGGCAACAACAGAGGAUGUAGAAUAUGAGCAGUUAGUUGAUUCUUCCGACUUUAAUGGCAACGAUUUAGUUGCUCAAUUGUUGUUAUUCGAUUAUGUUGAUGGUGUAAUAUCGAAUGAAUAUACGUUAGCAGUCACAUUUAAUCGGAAAAAGCAACCAAAACAGCUUUGCAUAUUACCUAAUUUCCAACUUGUCGUGGAAAAUGAGGAAACAAACUCCGAAGUUGGAAGAAAGGUGCAGUAUGGAGCAUUAUGCGUGGUUUGCAAUGAUGGUACAAUUAAAGUUUAUUCAUUAACGGAUUUUAAACAUAUUACUGAUAUACAAGUCAAUGGAGAAGCUUUUACUUCUAUUGCUUAUUGUCGUACACUAGAUCGUUUAUGUGGUUGCACAAGUAAGGGCUCGCUUAUUUUUUAUUCUUUUAACGAUGCAGAUAAUGAAUCUGGAGAUGAAAUGCUUGAAAUGGAUGAUGAGUCAAAUGUUUGUGUUAAAUCCACUAAUAAUUUAGAAAUAACGGUGACAGAUGGUGGAAAUGAAAACGUUACCAACACAUCUAAUAUUGACAUUAAUGACUUAGCAGUUUAUAAGAAUGGACUUAAUUCUGGUAAAUUACCAUUACCAUGUAUACCGCAAGGAGUAUUAGGAGUUGACUGCAGUGCAACAAAUAUUUUGACUCUAACACAUCAGUCUCCAUCUCCUACGCCACUAACUGCAGCGAAUUGCAUAGCUUUUAAAAGUUCUUUAUUAAUAGAGGAUUUACGUACUUUAUAUGAUCUUACAAAAUUUGAUGACAAAUUAAGUGCUUAUACAGCUGAAGUGCCAAGCUGUUGGAAUGAUAUGGUACAGGCACAAAAACAAAGAAAACAACCGCAGUAUUUACGCAAUGGAGAUGAUACCCAACAUGUUAAAACAUGGCGUCUACAUAAUGAUGCCACUACUUGGGACGAACAUACGAUUGAGUUGAAUCUAAACCAGCCGGUUCAACUAGGCCACAUUGACUUGAAAUUCACAUUAUUCCAGCAAUGUCAUAAUCCUGCAGCUAUACAAGUGACUUUGCUCAAGCAGAAUACAAGUGGAUUUGGUUAUCGUAUGAAAGGACCAAAUGCUUGUUAUCAGGAAUGUAACACGAAAAAUUAUGAUGAUUUUAUACCAAGUGCUGCUGAUGUUAAUGAAAAUCCGGUAUUAACUGAUGAAUACUUGCAAACCUACAAUGCCGAAAUAUUGGUCGGUCCCAUUGAACUUUCCUCAUGUAUUGACCUGUGCGAUCAGGGUGGUGUAAUGACAUUAACCUCACCGAAACUAUUUAAAACUCGUACACGAAACUUUUUAUUGCAUUUACGAACUAUGUCAGAUCAAAGUAAGGAUGGUCAAGCUAAAACACGUGGAUGCGAUUGGUUACACGAAAUAUCCAUAUCUGUACGUGGUGUAAAGACAAUAAAUAUACCUAAUGAACGUACACAACGAAUUGCAAUGCUUGAAAGUAAACUGCUAUUAGAGAAUUUAUUUUUGAUUAUAAGUUCUACUGAAACUUCGAGGCUAGAAAAAAAUCUUGCUUUAGAUAUAUUGAUAUGGAUUUGUUUUAUACGCUUGAAUCGUUAUCGUUCCUCGAAGUCUGAAAGUAUGAAAGCACAGUUGAAUAAAAAUGUGCAACAUAAUAAUGUGGAUCUAGUAGCACAACAAAUUGAAUGUAUUUCUAUAGCUGAAAAGUACAUACACAGUAUCAUUCGUAACUGUAUCAUUCAUAGCGAUCGUUCGAUCGCUCACAAAUGUGUGAAAGUAAUAAUUAUAUUAACAGAUGGUAUAGGUAACAUGCCUAGUGAACUUCAGAAUGAACUUAAUUUGAGCGUUGCUGUUAAAACGGCUAUAUCAUCCACAUUCAAGGAGUUGCCACUUUCAAAACAUGCGAGUGUUGUACAUUGGUUUACAACAUUGGUUUGUGCCACAUCUACUGCUGAUUCGCAUAACGAAAUUUCUGAAUUAUGCAUAAAGUUGUUAACCAAGAUAUCUGCAGAAAUUUCGCAACGUUGGGAUCCGUAUGGUGCAUUACUAGGAACAAGAUUUGGCAUGUAUGGUUUUCCAUUUGAGCCCGAAAUUUUCGAUUAUGAGUUACCAAGCAUGAACAAGAAUAAUGCACCAAUUCCUUCAACCUUUUUAAGCAUCAUGCGACAAAAUGCAGGUGCAAUGCAAACAGCUGGUAUGGAUAUUAAAAAGCUCUGUUCAAUUGAUAGCGUAGAUUUUCGAACAUUCCCACAUUUGAUAAAAUGUAAAAGUGUGAGCAACCAAUUGCGAGGCUUAUUAGAGGUAGAACAGUUGCAUUUUUCUUGUGCUGCAACAUCUGAAGCUACUCGCAUAGAUAAUUUGGAUUCAAUUUCAACUGGCAAUGGGUCGAGUAUAAAUGUGGAAGAUAUUAUUAUGGGACCAAUGCAAUCCGUUUCCGUAGAUGUUUUAAAGGAUCCCGAUAUUGAUAAGAUACACGACAUUGUUAAUAAUGUCCAAAAUAUUAUUGUUGAUAAACAUCUUAAAUUAAAGAAACCCAAAGAAGUUGAACAAAAAGCCAAUGGCGUUUCUCACUUUGAGCAUUUGCCGCAUUUAUCAUCGAAAUACAAUUCUAUGUUGCCAAAAUUCAAAGCAAUUUGCAAAUACAUUGAGCUAUGUGAUGACACAACUAAAAAUUCCGCUAGCAAUAAAGCGGAACUUUUUAAAGAAAAAGCAAUAUCAGCCCAAGCUAAAUUAUCAGCUUUGGAGGAUGCCCUCACAAAGUUAGAUGAAACUCAAACAACAGUUAAAGAUGUGCUUAAAAUGCAUAAUAAUAAUGGAGAACAACGCAUAACGCAAAAACAAAGUGCACAACUACCUCAUGUGAACAAGGAAAAUAUUACAACUAAUGUCUUCUCUUGGCAUAAAUUGCUUUUGCCUCCGCCGAAACAAAUGAUUGUUAUCGAUCGUAUGCACUCUGGCGCUCGCCGAUUUGUUGUGCUAGACUUCGGCGCGCAUAUCCUAUUAACCGAUUUAGUAAUACCAGCUUGUGAUGAGCUCGCAUCGCUACACAUAGAUAUUUGGUGUUUUGAUGAAGAAACUGACAGUGUGCGUUUGACAGUAACACAUGAUAUCGGCACUAAGACAUUAGUUUUGACUGAUUUACAACCACCGCCAAUAUGUCGUUUCAUGAAAAUCACCAUUAUUGGUCGCAUUGGCAUGUCAUCCACAAAAUGUAAGAUACCGAUAGGUUCAUUUUAUGGUCAUACUGUUGUGUUAGAUAGUGAUUGCUAUGGUGAUACAGUAUUGAAGAAAGUUACGCGCCAACCACAAAAUUUACAAGCUCAGAUAAAGGCAUUGACUUCUUUGUAUGAAGAUGUACACUGUCGUUAUAGCUUAGCGAGUUGUAAAUUAUUGGAACUGUUAUCACCUGUGCUAAAUUGCGAAAUAUCAAAUGUUGCUCACAUGCAGGCUUUUAUUAAUAAGCAGCAUGAGACAGAGGCAAAUGUGGUGGAUAAUUUAAAAAUCAUUAAUUUGUACGAAGAAUGUAUUAUGCUACAACAUCAAAUUAAUGUUAUACGUAAUGUUAUCAAUCGUUUCGACACUUCCUUGUCAAAAGUCAAUCCAAUUAUGACUGCACGUGACGAUAUAUUACAGUUAACAUCACGAGAUAAAUUGCGUGUUCUGAGCCAAAGCCUAGUAGAAAUAUUAUUGCAUUUUUCUAUUGAAUUUGGAUUUAAGAAUAUAUUACCAGUACAUCAAUUAUUUACAAUUGACGUUGCCAAUAUGUUAUUUAAUUCUUUGGUCGUCUAUGGAGACGCACACAUACAAUUAGCUACUUGUUCUUUGUUGGUACGGAUGUGUUGCUUCCAAAGUUGGUGGGGUGACUUUUUGGCGGAUAUUUUCUGUAAUUUAUUUUCGUCUCAAAAUAGUAAAAUAUUUCCACAAGAUCGAAUAUUUUUCCUACUAACAUAUUUGGGUAGACGAAGCAUUGCCAUGGGAUCAUGUCGCUCAAUAGUAAUUGAUGCAAUACUAAAAACAUUAGCUAAAUUAUUAGCACCAAUAUCACCACGUUAUCAACAAACUUAUGAUAACGCUGAUCGAUACAAAGAUAAUUCCGGAAAUUUAUGGUUGAAAUCUGAUUUACAACUAAUUACAUGGUUGUUGUUAUUUUUGUCAGUUUGCUUAGAUGAUAAUAACGAUCAUAAAGAUAAAUCUACAAAUCGUUGGGAUUUCAUGAGCUGUGAAUCUGAUUUUACAAAGUCGCGUACACAAUCAUCUAACACACAAAAUAAACAAUUACGUUGUUUUAAGAAACGCAUUAUACAGAAUAAAUAUAGUGUUCAACCUUACACUGAUUGGGGAAAAAAGAUAUAUAUGAUACAAAAUGAGCAUCCAAAUAUAUUAAUGGAAUUAGCGGGAAAACCAAAAUCAUCUAAACAAUCAAAUAAAAGCGCAACAACAUCAAAGCCUGUCAAAGAAGUUAAUGCAAUAGAAAUUGAAAAUAAUUUUGAUAAGGGACUUAAAGCCAUACGAAUUUAUAAUAUAUUAAUUGUGAUAAGAGGUCUUAUUGCAUUGCUUCUAGAGAUGGAUUUUACUUGCAAUAUGGAUCAAUUUUUGUUAACAUGCAAGGUGAUUGCACGGUUGGUAUCUGCCUGUCGCCCAGCUGUAAAAUUGACAAAAAUUGUAACUACCACACAACUGGAGCAAUUAAUCCGGCUUGCUGUUUGGAAUGAUCAACAACAACCUUGGGCUGUACAUGCAAUUACUUGUUUAUUACAGGAUUUGUUAGAUGCUGAUAAGCACUAUAAAGACAAUGACGCUACUCCUACAAAUGAUCGCGGCAGUAUUUUGGAAAUUGUAACCGCAGACCAGUCACCAAAAAAUGCUUUUGACAGUUAUCAAUCAAUAUAUGCACAACAACCCAUGACAUCUGUACAAGCUAACAGUAAUGAAGUGCCCUAUUCUGAUGCAAAAUAUUAUCAUUUACCAUCUUUAAUUGAGUGCGAUGAUACUGAGUUUGAUGAACUUCUCAACGACAUGGCGAUGAUUGAACGUACAAAACCAACGAAAAAAGACAACAACAACGUUAAUAAAAAUACAGUUAAUUACUUUUGUAAAUCUAUAUCGAGCUCCCUAGAUGCUAGGUUAGAUGUUGGAUUAGAUAUCAACAUUGAAGUUAAAAUUCGACGCUUAACAAUGAUUUCUUCCUUGGAUAUGUAUGCAUCAUUGCCUCAGAUUCCUGGAAAUGAAUUCGUUACACCCAUUCCGGAAGCAACCAUAUGGCCAGAAUACAUAACAGAGAUUUGGUCAACACCAGAAUUUAAUGAAUCGCAAAAUACUUACAAAAUGUUUAAAGAUGUAUUUGAUAGCAUAUUCGCAGAUCUACAUAUGCAGGAUACAUGGGUACAUUUGGAACAGGUAUUGCAUAUGUGGCUAACUUUGAAUGGAGAGCUUACUGAUAAAGCCUGUACUGGAACUUUUUCGCAAACCGAUGUACCAAAAAUACCAUUUGGUGCACAUGCUGUGCAGGGACUGUUAAUUGCACUAGCUUGGCAUAAUGAUAUUAAGUUGCGUACUUGGUGUUUGGGUUUCCAAUGCUUGUUUUUAGCUUGUAACUCACAAGCUAUUUGUGAUGAUGACUCAGAUUCGACGAAUAUAAACGAAGUUAUAAUUAACGAUGAACAUUUUGAGAAAAUGUUGUUGAGAUUUUUCUCUGGUUAUGGUAUGACUUCAACUAUUAUUUCUAAUCGAUGUGCUGGACCAACUAUAUGUAAACAUUUGCAUGAACUAUUACAAUGGUUGCAUAAGAAAAGCGAAAUGACAGAAGAUUUUAUCACUUGUAAACGUAAACUUAAGGAUAUUUUACUGCAUAUUAUACUGCAGUUAGUUCAACCAGGUGGUGCUAUUUGCACUCAACAGGGUCCAAUCGACGCACAAAGUCAAUUAGUGCGUGAUUUGCUAUGUAUGCCAAAUGAUAAAGCUGAUUUAAUUGUUGCUUUAAAAAUAAUAGAUAAUGUUUCGUUCCUGGUCAACAAUAAUAUAUCCAACAAUGACAAGUUACAAUGUCAGCGUAUAUCUGAUAAUAGUAGUGCUGCAAAUACGUUCUGCAAUUUAUUUGCCAAUGUGCUUGGUUCAGAUAACACUAAGCAAAAUGCAUCUAUAUCAGAUAAUUCGUUGAUUAUUAGUUUAAUAAAGCUGUCAUCGUCGCUCAUACAGAUAGAGUUGCCAAGACAGCCAAGUGAGGUUCCAAUACCGGAAGAUAAGGAACUUUCAAACGAAAGUCAAACAGAUGAAACAAAAGCUGAACAAUUAAAUAAUGAUGGUCCAAAAUCGAAAACACCAUGUAUAGCUGAUACGGUAUUACGUGAUAAGAACAUGAAUACCAUGAAACGUUUAUUAACUGCUUUGUCGAAUUGCACCAGCACUUCCGUCAUAUUGACAAUAACAAACAAUUCUAUAACUACUACAAAGGCUACAGAUAAUAAUUCAUUCGAUGAUCCGCAAACAACAGCAGAUGCAGUUUUUAAUAUGCUCGUUUUACUAUACGAAAAAGCAUCAAGCCCACGUUUAGUUAUUGCACCAAUAUGUCAAUAUCUGGAAGCAAGCACCUCGAAUCGUACUUAUCUUCCACGUUUACAAUUAUCAGAACCUUUUCUUCUGUUUAUGUCAAAAGUUUUGGCAGAUUCAUCUUCUGUUCAAAUUUUUACACAACUUGGUGGCAUAAAUAUUAUUUGCAAAAAUUUAGUUAAACUAAACAAAGCAUUGAUUAAUAUGCAACCUAGCUUAAUAUCGCUCAUUAUGCAACAUAUGACCAAGAAUUCCAAGAUAAAAAUUGCUCCACAGAAUAGUUUGAAUAACAGUUUAAAGAAACCACCAACAAAUAACGCACAGUCUCCACGUUACCUACAAGAAGGUCUUAUUAAUUUUGCACCAUUCUGCAAUAUUUCUACAGAAAAUGAUUCUGCUCAAUCCGCUGAUAUAUUAAUUUCCAAUCCAAUGGCUUCACAUCGUCGGCCACGUACACCGGCCUGGAAUUAUAUGUUUUAUCCUAAUGAAUCGCAUGUAGAUUUAACCAUUACGUUGCCAACUGCGGUAUUGCUGAAGGAAGUGCAAUUGCAACCACAUACUCCGACACUGGCAUCAUGUCCAUCAGCUGUAGCUUUAGAAAUAUCACGUGAUUAUGGUCUAGGACCUAUACCCGUUUGCUCACCACUAACCACAACAGGCAUGACAUGCAUACGUUUGAAGUUGGCUAAAGCUGAAAUAGCAACGAGUGUGGUUUUAAGAUUAUACAGACCUAAGGAUAGUUCCAAUAUUGGUUUGUCACAAAUUGCUAUACUCGGCAAUACAAUAUUUGCAGAACAUGCAAAUACCAGCAGCAGCAGCAACAGUGUAUCAAAUGCUGAUAAUUCAAGUGAUAAUGAUAUUUUUGCUAAGACUAGCAUUGGUUGGAUAAGUAUUUUAUCACGUUGUUUCAAUGCAGCUGAUUUUAUGCCCUAUCCUAAAUGGGAAGCAGAUAUCAUUGGUGCUUCGGCCGUAUAUCCUGGUUUCCUUGAAGCAUGUUGUUCAUUAAUGAAUAUAAUGCCCAUGAUACCAAGUGGAGCUCAACACAAUUUAGAAACGGUUCUCCUUAAGUUAGGUUCAUAUAACAAAGAAUUGUGUUUAUCUUUAAUACGAAUUUUGUUAUGGAAUACAGCACCUCAAGUUUAUAAGCUCACAAAUGAAAGCAUAUGUGAUUUGCUUUAUGAAUUAGCAACAACCAAUGAUGCACACAUCACAGAUAAAAUACAGUUAUUAUUGGAAUGGGUCAUCAAAUUACGUCAAAGUUACAGCAGUGGUACGCAACGUUGUAACAAUCCUCAAAGUGGAUUUGUAAAAUGCAUUGCUUCUAUUUUGUGGUACAUAUGUUCCAAUAAUCAAGUGCAUAAAAUAAUGGAACUAAUAACAAAUGAUAUAUUUGAAGCUUGUGUUUACUGGAUUGAUAACUUAGCUCAUGAUGAGCCCUUGAAAGUGGCAUUUGAUUCACUGCUCUGUGCACUAUGUAACAUCAAACCAGAACUUUUUGAUCAACUUUUACUAAAAGUUGACGUUAAAGUUAUGCAGUCAAUGCCAAAUAUUU